AUGGCAGUGGAGUGCAGCACCAAACAUCCGGAUGCCCCGCGUUUGCCUGCACGAUGCAUGUCUGAUAAUGGGGGCGAUGCCAUCUCAUGGAGUUUGACAACAAUACUUGAUAGCCAUCGUGCCACAAACAGACGCCAUCUGCAUUUCGAGAACAAGGCCGAAGUGAUCCGCGUGAGGCUCGUCGAGGCUCAGACUUGGCGGGCGGACGACGAGUUCAUGGCCUCACCUAGGUGCAAUGGAGAUCGACGUAGGUGGGCCAUGUCCGGAACGGACCUCUACAGUAGGGUGCGAAUGUUGCUCAAUUUCGUCCGCGACGUGACAUUCUGCGCCUCCUCAACCUCUCGAAGACGAGGGCAGGAAGAAACACAGCAGGUGCACGUAUUUGGACAAGGAGCGAGCGACGGGGGAUGCCACGCCGAGCAGCAGGCGCGUGUGGGAGAGACCCUGGACCUUGUCAUUGAAUCGAAUCUGGGUGACUUGCCAGCGGGGAUGCAGCUUGCGCCGAUUGGGUUUCGCCCUGGCUCAACGAAUGUCUACGAUAAGGGAUACGUGCAUCAUCAGCGCGCGGUGUCAGCGUUCCAACGUGCGAUUACCAACAGUGUAGCGGGACGCUCAAACAGGAAUUCUUCGAGAAAGGAGAGUCAGGACGAAGUAACAAAGUGGCGUGGUUUGCUCAACUUCGCCUGUCUCAUGUUUCGGCCUGCCUUGCGGACGUGA